GCUCUUCUGGCUUUUGUGAGCUCGUCGACUGGUCGGGAGGCUCGAAAUGGGCGACACAACACCCAAGAUCCAAAUCCUCAAGAACGCGCUCCAACCGGACUUGUCCGCCGCGACAUACCAGAUCCAUGACGAGUCACAUACGCUUGGAAAUGCGCUGAGGUGGAUGCUCAUGAAAAAUCCCAAGGUUGAGUUUUGCGGAUAUAGUGUUCCUCAUCCGUCAGAAAAUCACAUCCACAUACGUAUCCAGAUGUACGACAACCUAUCGUCUCUGGAGGCCCUUCUCCAGGCUUUGUCCGACCUAGACGAUCUCUGUGUCACCAUCGACGAGGCAUAUCAGAAAAGCCUCCGUGAAGACCACUACGAACAAUGGGAGGAACAGAGCUGAGGUCGUCUCGUGUUCACUGUUCGUACGCAUGUUCACAUAUCGACUCGAUGAUGGUGUCUUUUGCAUGACUAGGAGGUUCGGCUCGGUCCGCUA